UUUAAAGUUUGCCACUUUCACCUGUUUAACCACUCCUUCACCCUUGUUAACAAUGGCUUCACUCACAAAGACGAUGAUCCAGCUUCAGUACGCUACGAAGAAGCUCUCACUUCUUCCGUCUUCAACUGCCGACCUUCUCCAUCUUCUCAAGCAAUUGGAGGAAAUUUUAUCAAAGGUACAACAGUCGCCUUCGAAAUCGAUAAACAAUGCACUGAAACCAAUAAUUGAGGGAAUCUUUGCUAAAGAACUUGUGAGACAUGCUGACAUGAAUGUAAACAUCUCAGUUGCAUGCUGCAUAUGUGAGAUCAUGAGAAUCAUGUCACCAAAAACCCCCUACAAUGAUGAACAAACAAAGGAUUUGUUUGAAAUGGUUGUAAUUACCUUUGAGAAAUUAUCUUUUUCAAAUGGUGGAUGCUAUGCUAAGAUGAGAAAAGUUCUAAAAACAUUUAGCACUCUCAGAUUGUGGGUGCUGAUGUUGGACCUCAAGCUGGAUGGACACGGACUAAUAGUACGGUUGUUUAAACAAUUUCUAACAGUUGCCAACUCCAAUUCCUCUGCUAUCGUAUUCGAGAUGGAGAAAAUUAUGACCAUGAUCAUUGAUGAAAAUAAGGAGCUCGCGCCUGAGCUUCUAAGGCUCAUAGUUACAACCAUGGAACGUGAUAAUCAGAUUACUUCGCACGUUUGUUGGAAACUAGGUGAAAAAGUUCUAAUGAACUAUGCUGCUCAUCGCAUGCCAAAUCUCCCCGAAAUGGGACAAGAUAUGAGCAUAGCUCUUUAUGAUUAUUCCAAAAUUGUUGCACGCAUUUGUGAGACUGCAUUAGAAAAUGAAGUUACGGAGGCUAAAGAAACCAUUCCAUAUACAACUCACAAGAUAAAACUUAAGUGUCCAGAGACACUAAAGAGUUGUCAAGAUGCAAUUCGGCAUACAGUUAAUGAGAAACAGGCCCAAUCUGUUGAGCAUGGCGGAAAUUUGGUGGGGAGCAGGAUAGAAGUUUGGUGGCCUGCAGAUAGAAUGUAUUAUCCUGGAGUUGUUACGUUUUUUGACUUCAAAAAGAAGAGGCAUAAGGUAUUGUAUGAUGAUGGUGAUGUAGAACUUAUAGACCUCAAGCGUCAACGAUGGAAGUGGUUAGAAUAUGCGUCUGCACUGCCGGGUUCUCUCGAACACACGCUACCGGACACUGUACGCGUCCACGGCUACAACGUGAAGCAGAGUGUUGCGCCGGUUCUUGAAGCCAUUAUCAAUAAACACGGCGACAUUGCAGCCAAAUGUGUAUUCAAAGCGGCUUCUGUUAGAGCAUCCCUCCUAGAGCUUGUUUGUGACAUUGUCAAGCAGUUGGAACCCAAAACCGAUGGAGUUAUUGACAAAAUGGAAGAUAUUGAGAACCAAGUGUCAAGUGUAGAGAAGGCUAACAUUAACGGGUCAUGGCUUCAGGCUCAUUUGAAAGCCAUUAACAAAACUAACGAUGGCAAAACGGAUUUACUAACGGGUUAGAGUUAAAGAGUUUCUCCCUCACGUCUAUACAUGUGUUGACCUGUGACUUCAACUUAUCGAUGAUGACCUACAUCUCUAUUAUCACUAUAACUUGAUAACUUCAAAUUCUUAUUUACAACUUCAAAUUCUUAUUAAAAUUGUAAUAGUAAUGCUUGGUUUCAUGACCAAAACCACCGAGUAUCAUAACUUCAUCAUCAAUCUCCGGAUGGACAUAUGGAUGAUGACCUCCAUACACAUGUUGAAUUUGUUCAUAUCUGUUGUAAAGGUCAGUAACAUUGAUAAUGAUUGCUCGAUUUUGGUAUACAUGCCAUGUAUAUGAAUAUGGAAGAGGCGGGUAUGAUCUUGAAAUAUUA